UCGCUCGCCAUCCACGCAGGCGCAGCUGGAAGAAGAUUAAACAAACAAAAAAAUAAAAAAAGAAGAAGAACACGACGCUGCAAACCAAAUCCUCCUCGGCGGCAGGGCAGAUCGCCGGCCGAAGACGAAGACUUCCCUCCCGCUGCAUUUCUUUAAUCCACUCGAUCUGAGCUGCUGCACCCCCCGCGAAUCCAAUCGAAUUCCCGCCGAUUUUAUUAUUGCGAGGUGGUGGGUGUGUGUGUGUUUGUGUGAUGAUGGAUCCCCACAUUCUCGUCUCGUCCCCUCCCAUCGCGAGGUUGUGAUGUAGGAGAGGAAUAAGAUCAUGGAGGGGCACAACCCCGUGCACCAGCACCAGUUCGUUGAUAGCCCCAAGCCGCAGCGCAACACGAGGAAAAUCUGCGGGAUGGCUACCAAGAUGGAUGCCAAUGACAACCGCAAUCACCCAGGUCCAGUUGGUACAGCAGAGAGAUUAGAGCAUCUUUUGAACCAACCAGCAAAUAAAAUUUGUGCCGAUUGUGGUGCUCCAGAUCCCAAAUGGGUGUCAUUGACUUUUGGUGUGUUUAUUUGCAUCAAGUGUUCCGGAGCUCAUAGAAGUCUUGGGGUGCAUAUAUCCAAGGUUGUCUCAGUAAAGCUAGAUGAGUGGACAGAUGAACAGGUUGAUAUUUUAGCUGAUUCAGGUGGAAAUGCUGCAGUUAACAUGAUAUACGAGGCAUUUAUACCUGAAAACUGCAUAAAGCCAAGGCAAGAUUGCUCAACAGAGGAGCGUAGUGACUUUAUUAGGAAAAAAUAUGAACUUCAACAAUUUUUGUCCAACACCCAGCUUACUUGCUAUUCACAAAAGAGCGGGAAACAUCGUCAUCAGAUGCAGCAUAACAGUUCAAAUCGACAUGGCUUAGGACAUGCUUUCAGGAACAGCUGGAGGAGAAAAGAGCAUGAGCAUAAAUCAUUGAAGAAACCAGUGGAGAUGGGUAUGGUAGAAUUUGUUGGAUUAAUUAAGGUCAAUGUCAUAAGAGGGACAAAUCUAGCUGUUCGUGAUAUGAUGUCGAGCGACCCUUAUGUUAUCCUUAACCUUGGACACCAGUCAAUGAAAACAAAGGUGAUUAAGAGCAGCUUGAAUCCUGUAUGGAACGAAAGGCUCAUGCUAUCGAUACCUGAUCCUAUACCUAUGCUUAAACUGCAAGUCUAUGACAAGGACACAUUCACAACCGAUGACCGAAUGGGGGAGGCCGAGAUUAACAUUCAACCGCUGGUUUCUGCAGCCAAGGCAUACGAGACCUCCCUUGUCUCUGAUACUGCACAGCUCAACAGAUGGCUGGCAAAAGACGGCAUCCGGAUCCCGAGGGACAGUGUGAUCUCCAUCGUCGAUGGCAAGGUGAAGCAGGAGGUGACCGUCAGGCUUCAGAAUGUCGAGCGUGGCCAGCUUGAGAUGGAGCUGGAGUGCGUCCCGCUCACUCAAUAGCUAUGCCUGCAGAAUAGAUUGCUGAUGCUCUCUAAACAUUCUGAUAUCAGCAUCAGAACAUGAUUACACGAACAUAUUCUUUGCAACACUUGGGACUUGCAUGUGUAACUACUGUGAUAACUUAGAAUUGAACCAUACAUUCAAGGUUGUCCAUGGCUCCAUGCAUCAGAUAUACCUGUAAAGUUGGGAAGGGGUACAGGGAAGUGAUUUGUCCAGUAAAUUUGGGAUCA